GCCGCCGGGACCCAAGAAAAGCUGCUUACCACUCGCUCCACCGCCUUCUAGCCGGUUCUGCCAUGCUUAUCGAUAACGAUCAAAAAGGGGAAAAAUAAAAUCGAAAAAAAAGAAAAAAAAAUUACCCCUCCACGGUGAGGAUCGGAUUUCCCCUCCUUCUCUCCCCAAACCCCAGUCCAAAAUGGCGGACACCACAACUCCCGUGUUCUUUAACACGAUAUUCGAUCAAGGACAACCGUUUGACCAGUUUGACCCUAUCCAUCUGACCGACUCUGAGAUCCUUCCUAUCUUGCGGUUGCCUUUGGCUGGGACCGUGCUGGGACAUGAUGCAGCCGAAGAUGCCCUGAGCCAAGUCGCGCGCGGCGAAAUCUCCUUCACCCAGUUCGUGGCUGAAAAGGCCCAGGGGGUUUCUCAGUCACAAGAGCGUUCUCAAUUGCUUCACAUCGCCUUGGCCGCUCUCUUCAGUUUCCUCCAGUCUAACGUCACCGGACCUCCCCUCGAGUUUAGCCCCGCCGAAGCCAUCCUCCCCUCCGGCCUGCGAUCCGACCAGACCACCCUGCGGAAUGUCCGGGCUCACAUCAUUCGCGAAUUGUCCGUCGAUGGCGAAGCCGCAUACAAGCUUACUCCCAAUGUCGAACUGUUCGCCGUUGCCAAGGCUCUCUUGGCCGACUCCGAUGUCCUAUUUACGAACCCUCCGCUUGUCGCACGAACCGCUAGAAUGCGAGUGAACUUCUUCCACCAAAAAAUGCUUUCCGAAGUUACUGGAACCUUACAAGAUGCCAUAUAUGUCGACCUAGAGAAGAUUGGCCAGGCCGUGCUCAACAACCCAUCUACCACCGAAGAAAAAGGACGGUUCCUACUGGAACGGGCAACCAUUCACACGCACCACGGCUACGAUGCCAAGGCUAGGGCCGAUCUGGAACAAGCUGCUGCAGUACGGAAUUUUGAGUUUGCGUUGACCGGUAGAUUGGGCAAGCGCACCAAGUUUCAGGACCGCGAUAUCAGUCAGCUAGUCAUCCUGGCUAAAAGUGCCGACGAGAACGCCCCGAAUGCUCCCGCCAGCGCGGACAAGAAGGAAGAGUCUUCGGGCCCCAAGAACCUCGACCUCAACGAUGAUACCCUCCUUGAAUCUAUUUCUUUCAGCAAGUCCGACAGUCAGGAGCAGGACAAGCCUGUGACUGUCCAGGAUGAGUCCGAGCUUUCGCCCUCUUUGGCAUCUCUAGACCCUGGCAACCAGCCGAUCCUGAACCCUAUCGACUCUUCCAUCCUCCUCGCACUCGCGUCCGCCAUUACCAACACCACGCCUGAAAACGGGUUGACUCGGGAGGAAACCCAGCCGUAUGCUACGCGUGUCCUCGAGGGUGGCAGCUCGAAUUGGCAGAUCUAUACGCAGGCCCUUCAGCUGCGAAGCCGCAUCGAAGGUUACCGCGCUCGUACGGUGGAGCGUGCUGUGCUUCAAAUGCAGGCUCUUGUUGACCAGGUCAUCGCCGACACCGCCACACCCGAUACCCAGGCAACCGACUCCGUGGAGCAGCCGACAACCUUCCUUCCAAGACCCGAAGAAUCCGAAUCUGCGUCCGCUGCCGAACGUCUUGAAUAUAUCUGGAUUCUCAAUUUCUCUACCCGCUGGAACCUUGAGGCUGAAUUGGCUAAGCGAUGGGUCGAGCUGGGGGCACUGAGGACCGCGCUGGAGAUCUAUGAGCGCCUGCAGAUGUGGGCAGAAGCUGCGCUCUGUUACGCCGCUACUGAGAGAGAGGCAAAGGCGAGGUCUAUGGUUCGCAGACAGCUCUACGAACCCAUCAACAAAGAAGCGGACGACGAGAACGAAAAGUUCGAAGGACCGGAACUGUCCCCUCUCCCGGCGGAUGCUCCUCGCCUGUUCUGCAUUUUGGGCGAUAUCGACACCGACCCGGCCAUGUACGAACGUGCCUGGGAGGUCUCGGGUAAUCGAUACGCCCGAGCACAGCGUUCGCUUGCACGCCACUAUCUCACCAUGAAACCGCCUGCUUUGGAGAAGGCCGAAGAGGCAUAUCGCAAGAGUUUGCACAUCAACCGCCUGAAUCACAGCGCGUGGUUUGCCCUGGGCUGCGUGCAACUCGAAUUGCAGCGCUGGGAUGAUGCUAUCGACUCGUUCACUCGCACCGUUCAGAUCGACGAUACCGAUGCCGAGGCAUGGAGCAAUCUCGCUGCAGCCAUCCUCCGAUCGCCCCAGCCCGACGAAAACACGACCCCGGCGGCCGCCGCAAUUGUGCAGAGGUUGCCCGAUGAGGACGAGGACGUUGAACCGACCACCGAGAAGGCACCCGAGGAUCCCUGGAAGCGGAAGAGAGAAGCCCUUGCGGCGCUGCACCGUGCCGCCUCGCUCAAACACACCGACGCGCGCAUCUGGGACAACGUUCUCACCGUGGCCGCUUCCAUUCCCCCACCGUUCACCCCGUUCCGCGACGCCGUCAUGGCACAGAGACGGCUCAUCGAGCUUCUUGGGGCCAAGAAAGGCGAGAAAUGCGUCGACCAACCUAUCCUCGGUAUGCUGGUGGAUCACCUCGUUACGGCGUACGAUUACAACAAACUCUUGAUCCACGUCAACGCCGGUAGCGACGCGGCACCAGAGUAUGUCGUCCGUAGCGGAACCGUCCCGGGCCAGAUCCUGUCUCUCGUGCACGACGCCGUGGUGCCUUUGAUCACGCACUCCGCUCCGCUGUGGCUUCUCGUCGCGCGGGUUGAGCAGUACUGUGAACGGCCGUCCAAGGCAUUCGAAGCUCACGAGAAGGCCUGGCGCGCCACCGUCGCCUCGUCUACCCAAGGUGCGUUCCAGAUGGGAGAUGAGAAAAGAUGGAUGGACGUCGUGCGUGCCACCGAGAAACUGGUGCGUGACGGGUAUUCCAAGUUCGGACCCAUGGACAAGGAAGGCCAGCAGGGCGUGGAGGAGCCCGAGAUGGUGGCCCAAGACUGGCGAUUCAAGUCCCGAAGCGCCGUCCGUGGAAUCCUCGGCAAGGGCAAGGAUUUCUGGGAGGAUACCGAGGGAUGGACGCGUUUGAAGGAGUUGCAGAGCGAGGUCGGAAGCUCGUAGGUAGUUGAUUAUAGAUACCGAAAGCCUUAUAGAACGGGUUAUGCAUUUAUGUUGAUAUGAUGCGAAUGAAAAGUUUCAACUGUUUGAUCAAUCUUCGUCUGUCCGUACCGAAAUUAUACCUGCUGUUAUACACACUCAAAUCCUUCCUCACUCCAUCUCUCCCUACCCCCUUGAUAUCUAGCCACCAGUGGCCAAGCACACAAUUUCCGAGUCCGAUCGCUCCCGUCAGUCGUCUUGCUUGCGCGCAUCUCGCGGGGUGCAAUCCCUCUUUCUACCCAGUCGAUCAUGGUGUCUAGUGUGUUUGGCUCAUAUGGAAUAGAUGGAUAAUGCGGCGAGGGACCGCAGUGUCCGCCUCCUGGGUGGUUUUUAAUUGAUGUUAGGAAAUGAAGACUAGAAAUCAAGGGAACAGUAGUAUAAGAAGGGGAGGCCAAAAACUCACCAGGGAUCAUAAAUAAUCUCAUCCACUCUUCACGGUCUCCGGUUACCUCUUCAAUCCUCGCUAAAUGUUCCAUUGGCCACGUCGGGGCAUUAUACGGAUCCGACCACCCCUGCGUGACGAGUAGUUUCCCGCCUGAGUUCUUGAACGCAGAGAAAUUCGUGCCGAUACUGUCGAGGAACGGAGAUACGUAAGUGUCCACGUGAGAGACAUCGCUGGUCCAGUUGAACGAGAGGGCCGUUGGGAGGCUGAAGUUGAAUUUAUUAUGGGACUGAGUGGAUAUCAAGUUUUGCAAUAAUGGCACGGCGUAAUCCUGCGCCAGCUCGCCUUGCUGACCGGUCCAGUCGGAUUCGCUACCGGGUUGGAAACCGGGGUAGAGGGAUCCAUUGGUAUCCGGAUGGACAGGACCAGAGGUGAGGAGAUUGUAGGUUUUUAUCUGGGCAGCUGUGAGACAGGUGGUGUUUGAGCCCGAUGCAGGACACGCAAGCGAUGAAAUGUCAAAGGAGCAAGAUAGCGGGUUCUCAAUAACGCCGUCUUUGAGACCGUCCAGGGCGUCGCAGGCGUCGAGAACUCGGGACCGUAUAAAGUCGAGGGUGUGUUGAGGCAGGCGGGCAUGUUUCUUAAUAUUCGUGUUAGUGGUCUUCUUUCCCUAAAGAAUAGGGAAGGCUACUUACAGUGGCAGACCUCCACCCCCACAGGAAUGACAACAUAAGAUGCGAAUACCAGUUCCCAGGACAAGAAGCCACGAUGCCAUCGAAUAACUGGGGAUGAAACUCCGCCGCCGCGAACCCCUGCGCUCCACCGGUUGAGCAUCCCUCGUAGUAACUGUACUCCGGCGAAGAAGCGUAGAACAACCCCGUAAUGGCUUUCGCAGACGGAGUGAAAUAAGCAAUAGAGUUGCGGAUCCACGCGAGGGUUUGAGGCACGUCGUGCAGAAAAGGGAGGUAUGUGGCGCCGUUGUCGACGUCGUUGUUUGCCUGUCUGUGGCCGCCAUCGCCGCCGGCUACUGCGAAGCCUUUUUCAAGGUUUUUCAGCAUAUCAGUGGUGUCAAUAACUCCUGCGAAACCGCCAUUUCCUAGUAGAUUGUGUUAGAUCAAGUGGGGUUGCGGUGGAAAAAGAAACCGCACCACCAGAGAGAUAGCGUCCGUUAUAUGUCUCGUUGUCUGGUAGCCAGAGUUCAAAAUUGACGCUGUUGUUGCUGGGAUAUGCGACAGACCCUUGCAGGCGACAGAAGGGGAUGGAGUUCAAUGUCCCAGACACGUUCAUACCGUGGACGUCGACGAACGAGGAGUGCAAAGACUGGACAUCUUCCAGCUGGGAGGAGACAACGCCCGAAAGAUGUGAGCAUUGUUUCUCUAGCUUGCCUUGCGCUGCUUCUCCGGCAGGAAAUGAGUAAGUCAGGGCUGCGAGGUCUUGAAUCCUCAUGAUUUCGGGUGUAAGAUCUCAGUUCUUGAUAGUAUACUAAGAAGAAACAUUAGCAAUGGGCUAUCCCUGUCAGUAUAUAAGCUCGAUCAACCCCGCGGGACACGGGGUAGUUCCCCAGGUUAACCCAGCUCCGAGCAUCGAUGAGGUCAUUGGCCAAGGAGCGUAGACUCGAAUCGGUCUUUCAAACGAUCAAGUGCCAGAAUGUGAUCGGCGUCAUUGUGAGCCGGGGCAAUGCGGAGAUGCGGAGAUUCUCCGCCUAACGGAGAAACAGACAAAUCCUCACUGUUCUAACAUGCUGGGGUGCAUCCAGGUAGACUGGUGAUGGUCUGGUAUACGACAAUUGGGUUUUAAGCAUGGGACUUAGGGUGUUGGUAGUCUCUAUCGCAUGUGGUAUUACUUGCAGCAAACUUAAAGCCACGAAGCAAUGUAGAAAACGUCAGCCCCGGAACCAUUCAUGCCAUCUUGAGAUCGCUCAAAGACUUCGUGAUGGAGCUUCUCCAGUGACACGCGUCUAAGUUCGCGGUAUUUCUGAAGUAGUCCUAUGCUAUUUCAUGCUCCCUUUUGGCAGUUUCGCGAGCACUUCCAGUUUACCCAAUGUGAGAGGCCGACAAACAAGCACGACCAAACUGAGUAUGCCCUUGAAACAAUGAAACCGACGACGUGGCUCCAAUUUUUCAGUCGUUCGAGCAGAAGCCCGUAUAGAUUGUGAGACUUUUUGGGGUGCUGUCGAGAGCUUCUUCCCAGAAAGCUUCAGGCAACGAAAUGAGCCGGUCAUAAACCAGCGUUACCGAGUCUGCGGUGGAUAAUGAUUCCAGCAUCAGCGCUUGUUGAAAGUAGGCAGUUAGAAACGGAGUAAUGGAAUUGACAGCAAAGCCGUCAGGAUUGCGGACUUCCUGCACAUUCCUGCAAGUCUAAAGGCAAAAUAGCCUCUCAGAAGAUGGGUCAGAAAAUAAAAAACGUCGCCCUCUAUCUGAGAGGUAUUAGGUGCUCAAUCCAUUCGGAGUGGUUUGUUGGUAAGAUCAGCAUAGUAAUCGACAUAGCAAUCAUAAAUCGUCAAUCAAAGUUUGAAUUUGACAUCAAUAUUCUCCUCUGUCUACUCAUUAACAAUGAUAAUUCAUCAUUUUGCCUCAGAAUCACAAGCCAGGACUGAUUCACUAUGAUGUUUCGUAUCUUGUCGAAAACUGGGAGAGUCAAAGGCUGGAACAGAUAGUCCUUAGAAACCAGUAUAAUCUUU